GUUAAAGCGGGAAGACGAAUGGGGAAUGUAACAUGGAGAUAAACAGCGUGUGUUCGCCAAAUGAGACCAGUGUUUCCAGUAUAACCAUGGCAUAUGGAUGUUGUAGCUUUAGCUCUUGUUAGGUAACUGUCUUAAAAAGUUAGCAAGUAUCUGUUUCUGAACUGUCAGGAAAAUGGCUACAUCCCCAGUGGAGUACACCAUUGGAGGGGUGAAGAUCAACUUCCCCUGUAAAGCUUACCCCUCCCAGCUGGCCAUGAUGAACUCUAUUGUACGAGGCCUGAACUAUGGGCAGCACUGUUUGCUGGAGAGUCCAACGGGGAGUGGGAAAAGCUUGGCCCUGCUGUGCUCCUCCCUGGGAUGGCAGCAUGCUCAAUGUGCUAAACUGCAACAAGGAGGGAGCCUUGGAGAGUUCAAGAGCCAGGCAGAUAAAAGCUUUGGAGACUGUAAGAAGUCAGAUGUUACCCCCUGUCAGUGUGAGUGCCACAGCCACACCAAGAGGACCACAGCUACACCAGCUGCCAAAUCUCCUGUUGUGGACCUCACUGAUUCACCCUGCAAAGACACAGCACAGCUGGCAUCUCCAGCACCUGGACAUGGAUCGGUACCAGAGGAGCCGCAGCUCAAGAAGCAGACCAUCGCCUCUCGUUUGUCUGACAAGUUCCAGUCUUUCCUUACUGGUCAGUCCUCCUCUGAGCGCGAGAAAGACGACGACUUCCAGCCAGAAAGGAAACGCAUUCGCACUGCCGAUACCAAGAGCCGUAAGAGGCAGCGUCUGGAGCAAGGAGUCGUUUUUAUAGAUGAUGAUGAUGAGCAGGAGAACGAGUCACAAGGUCCUCCGAGUUGGACAGUAGAGCCAAACAGCCCGGCACAGGGUUGGUCAUCAUCAUGCUGUUCCUCUGAACCCUGCUCCCGCUGCUCGUGUGCUUCAACCAAAGACGGCCCGAAGGACAAGGACCAAGAAGGCAAAAAAAAGAUUAGAAAGAUCUUCUUUGGCACUCGCACACACAAACAGAUAACUCAGAUUGCCCACGAGCUGAAGCGCACUGUGUACUCGGGAACACCUAUGACCAUCUUAUCCAGCCGGGAUCACACCUGUGUCAACCCGGAGGUGGCGCCUCACGCCAACCGUAAUGAACGCUGCAAGGACCUUCUGGAUGCAAAAGAUGGUAGAUCUUGUCGCUACUACCACGGUGUGCAGAGGAUACGGGACCAGUCCGUGCUACAAAGAGUCCACGGACUCAAUCACGCCUGGGACAUUGAAGACCUGGUCUCUCUGGGCAAACGGCUCCGCUCAUGCUCCUACUAUGCCGCUCGGGAAUUAAUGCAGGACGCCUUUAUCAUCUUCUGCCCAUAUAACUACCUGCUGGACCCGGUGAUCAGACAGAGCAUGGAGAUCGACCUUGCCGGCCAGAUCUUGGUGCUGGACGAGGCCCACAACAUCGAGGACUGUGCGAGGGAGAGUGCCAGCUAUAAUUUAGACAACAAAAGUCUGAUGAUGUCCAGAGAUGAUCUCGAUGGGAUGGUCAAGAGCAACAUCAGAGCCGCCAAACAUGAGCCGCUCAGAGACUUCUGUUACAGUCUCAUCAACUGGAUCCAGGAGAGCCAAAGCCUUCUGUCUGAACGGGGAUACGAGAGUGCCUCUAAAGUCUGGAGUGGGAAGGACAUACUGGGAAUCUUUCACGGCCUCGGUAUCACUCCUGACACCUUUGACAUCCUGAAGCAAAACUUGGCCGCAGUGCUGGAGAAAGAGGAGCGUGUUGGUGUCAUUAACGGUAAAGAGGACAUGGUGCAAGUCCCAACCAUCAGCUCAGCUACCUCCACCGUCCUCAAAAGCCUUUUUGUGGUCCUGGACUUCCUCUUCAGAGACAACUGCAGGUUUGCUGACGACUACCGGGUGGCUCUGCAGAGGAGCUACGCGUGGACAAACCAGGUCCCGCCUGAUGUCCCCGACGCGCAGGGCUACUUUGUCCGACCUCGCCAGAGACAACGUCAGAGCAGCCGAGUCAAGACUGAAGUCCUGACGCUCAACUUCUGGUGCCUUAAUCCCGCUGUGGCCUUCUCUGACCUGAGUGGGUCGGUUCACAGCAUUGUGCUAACAUCAGGAACUCUAUCACCCAUGGGCUCCUUCUCCUCUGAACUCGGUGUGAAAUUCACCAUCCAGCUAGAGGCCAACCAUGUUAUCAACAAGUCCCAGGUUUGGGUGGGCACUGUUGGCGCAGGACCCCAAGGCAGAAAACUGUGCGCCACAUUCCAACACUCUGAAACAUACGCCUUUCAGGACGAGGUCGGCGCUCUGAUUCUCCACAUCUGCCAGGUUGUUGCAAAGGGCGUGCUCUGCUUUCUGCCCUCUUACAAGAUGCUGGACAAACUGCGGGACCGGUGGACCAACACGGGUCUCUGGGAGAAGCUGGAACUGAAGAAAACUGUCAUCACAGAGCCUCGCGGUGGAGCGAAGGGGGAUUUUGACGAACUACUUCAUACGUAUUAUGAUGCCAUCAAGUACUGUGAGGAAAGAGAUGGUGCACUGCUGAUUGCAGUCUGCAGAGGGAAAGUGAGUGAAGGACUAGACUUUACAGAUGACAAUGCUCGAGCCGUGGUCACCAUUGGAAUUCCUUUCCCGAACAUCAAAGACCUCCAGGUGGAACUGAAGAUGAAGUACAACGAUCAGCACUGCAAGUCCAGAGGUCUUCUCCCAGGCAAUCGCUGGUACGAGAUCCAGGCCUACAGAGCUCUAAACCAGGCCCUCGGGAGAUGCAUCCGCCACAAGAACGACUGGGGAGCCCUGAUUCUAGUGGAUGACCGGUACAGGAAUAAUCCCAAUAAGUACAUCACAGGUCUGUCUAAAUGGGUCCGUCAGCUCGUCCAGCAUCAUGACACCUUCGGCAACGCCAUGCAGUCUCUGGUGGCGUUCUCUCAGGUGCAGCAGCAGAAGAUGGAGGCCGCCCCUGCGGACAGUCAGACCCAGAGCUCUUCAUCUCCAAAUGGUCACACAUGUUUACCUGCAGAGGGACAGAGUCUAACCAAGACGUCAGAACCACCGACACCACGCUCAUGUGUGAAUCCACCUGAACCCCCGAGCCCCUCGGCCUUCAGCUUUUUCUCUCAUACACAGUUGAAAGCUGAACAAAUAGGAAAAGCAGGGUGUUUGAAGACGAUAAAAAGCCCCCCAGCAGAGACCAGAUCACAUCAGAAAAGCAAAGCCCCGCCUCUGUACAGCAUCUUCACCUCCAGCCCCGUCAGCACCCGCUUCAAGAAGCCAAUCUUCAAAGAAAAAACAGCCCAUAACUCUAACCAACACCUUGAAUCAUCAAAUCAUUCUGAGAACGAAGAGAAACUGCUGAUCUCUGAGGCGGCUUGUCUGAAACAAGAGACACCAGACUGUUCCAGUGAAAUCAAAAUGAAACCAACCAAUCUGUCCGUAGAGUCCCCUCCCAGCUGUGAAGGUGAGCCACCCUCAGCACAAGAUCUCGAUGAAGAUGAAGAGGACGAGACCAUCUUUUUUACUCCAGAACUUUUCGAGGGAGAAGAGAAUGAGGGCAGCCCACAGAAGGAGACAAAGACUCCUCAGAAGACAGACCCUGCCCUGCUGUCAGAGGAGCGAGGGCAGGCGUCUGUUUGGAAUGAGCAGAGUGAUAGUUCAGUCAGGAAGGAGGACACAGAGCCGUCACAGGGGCAGAAAGAAGAAAUCAACGCAGAGAGGCAAUCUGAGGAGGGAAAGCAAAUAGAGCACCAGAUCAGGCAGACAGAGAAUAAGCUUCGCAGACUCUCCAGGUCCAGACAGAAAGCUCCCUCCACUCCUACAGGUAGAGGCGAUGAGGUGAAGAGCGUAGGGAGAGUCAGUCUUCAGCAGAUUGAGACCAGGAGCAGCCAGAGGAACAAAGAAAAGGCAAAAACAGACCAAGAAUGUUUGAAGAGCAGACCAUCCAAAGUCAGACCAGUCAGAGAAAACAGGUCAAAAACUAAGAAUACAUGUCUACCAGAGGAUCAGGAUGAUAGCUGGAUUACCUGCAGACACUCAGAACAGAUCUUAAAACCAGGUGUGAACAGCAGAGUGACUGAAACAGGAAAGCCUUCUGAUGGUUUAAAGGAACAAAAAGCUCUCAAAAAUGUGCCCACCACACCUGUUGGUUCAGCAAGGAUCGAGUUUGACAUCAUUACCCCCAAACAAGAGGGCACACAGAGUCUGCAUGAAGCUGGAGCAGCAGGAUGUUGUCCUGUAAAUCCAGGUGCGGAUGGUGAAGGAAGACAGCAAACAAAACCUAAAGCCAUCAGAGUACAGCGAGCCUGCAGGAAGAAACGUAGGAGAUUUAACAACACGUCUCCAAAAAGAAAUGCACUCGGAGGUCAGAGAAUCAGAGAGCAGAAGCCGUGCUCUUUGGGACUCUACUGCUCCUCGUGUGAGAUGGAAUUACUUCCUCUGGUGCAUGAUGCAUUAGGACGCGCUGUUUGUGAAUUUAAACCUCUCUCUAUUCUGAGUAAAAACACAUCCAGUGCUGCAGCAUCGAGCUGCCGCUGCGUGUGUGAACCACAUCAGCCAUCAGUUCAAGACAACUCACUGCUGGUGGUCCGAAGUCUCACGUCUCUGGAAGCCCUACGGUCUUCUCUGCAGCCCUAUUCUGAUGACAGCUUAACUGCGUAUAAUGCCAUCUGGAACCCCGAGGAGGGCUCCGUCACCAGAUUUCUGCAGUGCAAAGGCUGUUUGUCUGAACACCCCGCUCGGUCUGCAGCUUUCAUUGCAGUGGAGCUCCAGUACCCUCGAGACAACAGCCAAGAUCAGAUAUUGUUGGCUCCAGCAGCAGUCCAGUUCUGUUCGCGCAUCCACAUUGAAAGCUAACGCUGAAAAAGGACCAGAACCAGAAGGAGGAUAACACUGAUGGCAGGAGCUUGUUUUGCUUUAGUACAGAUUUUUUUUUAUUCUUUGUACCAUUUUUAUUUGUAAUAUGACGGCUAAAACUCGCACGACAAAUUAACUGUGUCAAAUAUUAUCAGAAGUAACUUGAUCUUAAAUAAAUGGCAUCUC